AGUAGAGCGCACAACGCUUGCAUCGCGUGCGGGCACCCCACGGCACGGACCUCGCUGGCUUUGGUCAACUACUGAGCGACUUGUCCAAGAAGGUUGUUACUCUGACAUUCCCAUCAACGCUUCUUCUCACGCUCGUCCUGAGCCUUAGACACGACAAGCGCGCGAACACAUUCUGCUCAGCCGUAGCGCCACAUCUUUAACAGCCUAGAGCCAAGUUGACCAUCGAUCUCGAAGCUCGAACACCCCGUCGCUCAGACCAGCGCUCGGACAAUCGACGAGGUAGCCGACAGCCAUGAAGGCCACGCUGCCGCGUACCGCCGCGUUCAGCUGGUCGCCCUCUUCCCUCCUCGCUUCAGAGCCCCUUCUGGCGACGGGAACAGUAGCGGGUGCCUUGGAUGCGUCUUUCUCUAACGACAGCUUGCUCGAGAUAUGGAGCCCAUCAUACUCCUCCACCGGCGCGGUGGACGCUCAACUCAAGCCAAAAGCGUCCGCCGUCGCUAGCGCCAGAUUUAAUCGUCUCGCUUGGGGUCAUGCUGGAGGCGCAAAGCCAUACGGUUUCCUGGCUGCCGGAUUAGAGAGCGGUGAACUGGCGAUCUGGGAUGCAGACACUCUUCUCAAUGGCGGUGCCGACGCUCAAAUACUGAAGAAUACGACACACACUGGACCGAUCAAGGGACUGCACUUCAAUCCUAUCCAAUCCAAUUUGCUGGCAUCUGGAGGCGUCAAUGGAGAGAUUUUCAUCUGGGAUCUCACGAACCCCACAAAGCCAUACUCUCCCGGUGCACGUUCGUCCAAGCUGGACGAGAUCACAGCGGCUGCAUGGAACAGCCAAGUGGCUCACAUUCUGGCUACCAGUAGCGCAAGCGGAUUCACAGUCGUUUGGGACCUGAAGAACAAGCGCGAGGUUACUGCUCUUGCUUAUGGCGGAGGUGCAGCUACCUCGGGUGGUCUACCCGGCGCUGCGGGUCAACAAGGCCGAAGAGGCGUCGGAAGUGUUUGCUGGCAUCCCGACACGCCCACUCGUCUCGUUACUGCUUCCGACGAUGAUAGUUCUCCUAUCAUCAUGCUGUGGGACUUGCGCAAUGCGCGGGCUCCUGAAAAGAUCCUGACUGGGCACGACAAGGGAAUACUGGGAAUGUCAUGGUGCAAGCAAGACUCGGACCUUCUCCUGUCGUGUGGCAAGGAUAACAGGACGCUGGCAUGGAACCCGCAGACUGCCGAGAUUGUUGGCGAGCUCCCGCCGAGCAACAACUGGAGCUUUGAUGUCCAGUGGUGCCCUCGCAACCCCUCCCUCCUGGCUACUGCUAGCUUCGACGGCACUGUUGGCAUCCACAGCCUGCAAGCCAACAACCUCGAGGCUUCCAUCAACGAGCCCCAGACGAGCGCAGCCCCUCCUGCCGAUGGCUCAGAUGUCUUCGGUCUGCCCUCGGCAAAUGAUGCCGCCCUGGGAGGACGCGGUCUCACUUUGCGCCAGGCCCCCAAAUGGCUCAGACGGCCAGCGAGUGCCACCUUCGGCUUUGGUGGCCAACUCGUUAGCAUCUCAAAUUUACCGUCUGCAACAGGCGGCACGCAAAGCUCUGUGGUGCACCUUCGCGAUGUCGUCACCGAACCUGGCAUUGUUGCACGUGCUUCUCGCCUGCAAGACGCGUUGGAAGCCGAAGGUGGACUCGCCGCAUUUUGUGACGAGCGAAGCAAGGACCCUACGACGCGCCCUGACGAUGUUGCAAACUGGAAGGCGCUGCAAACCUUGUUUACGACGGGCUCUCGGGAUGAGCUUGUGGCUUUGCUUGGCUUCAGUAAAGAGGAUGUCGCUCAAAAGGUAGGCGCUGCGAUCAACGCAUACAAGCGGACGAGCGUACACCCUGGCAAGGGCGAUCUACCCUCCGUUAGCUUUGCAAGCGCCGAGACCGAGGCUGGCGCUGCGGUAGAUGCUCCUGUCCCCUCGACUGCCGCCACAGCUCCGAGCGAGACGACUACGGCACCGUCCGAAGCCGACGAUGUCAGCGAAGCUGCGAAGUUGUCGUCAGGAGAGACUGCUCCGACUGAGCAGACUGAAGUCAGCUUGUUUGGCGAUGACAACGUCGGCCCCGGCACGCCAGGUGCAGCAGCGGGAGCGGACUUCUUCAACAAUCUUGGUGCAGGCACCGCGCCCCGCUCGGCUUUGCCGGAGCAUCUGCUAGCUUCUGGAUCUGCCGUUCCGCCCGCAAGCUCUGUUGCAGCUACCGCGGGAUCUCCGGGACCCUCUAGUGUAGCAAGCGAACCUCUUGGCGCACCGAGACCAACAUUCCGCAUAUAUCCUGCGGAAGAAGGCGAAGGAGAGCGUCUGAUCACCCGAGCGCUUGUACUGGGCGACUUUGAAAGCGCUGUCAGCCUUUGCUUGUCAUCUGAUAGGUUUGCGGACGCACUGUUGCUUGCCGCCCGCGGCGGUUCGGAUCUCCUUGCGCGCACCCAAAAGACGUACUUCGAAAGGCGCACUACUCAGCUUCCUUACUUGCGUCUCUUCCAAAGCAUCGUCUCUGACGACCUUACAGACGUCGUUCAAAAUGCAGACCUGGCAGAUUGGCAAGAGAUCUUCGUAGUACUUUGUACCUUCGCAAAGGGCGAAGAAUUCGGCAACCUUGCGGAACAGCUUGGGCAACGCUUGGAAUUUCAGUACACGCGCUCAAGGACGAAGGCGCUGCGCAAGAAUGCUAUCUUGUGUUAUCUAGCGGCGGGCAAGUUGGAAAAAGUUGCAGGCAUGUGGAUCGACGAGAUGAAGGAAGAAGAGGCCGCCAUCAGAGCCGGAGGCGCUGGUGCCACAGCUGACGGUAGUGCGCACUCAGCUCACGCCGAAGCGCUCCAGACUUUCAUUGAGAAGAUCACUGUUUUCCAAGCUGCGGUCGGCUACGUCGACGUCGAUUUGACAACGCCCACACAGCCCGGCGCGGACAGCAAUGCACGCGUCUACAAGCUGGCAAGCUUGUACGAUCGAUUCCACGAAUACGUUGCGCUCUUGGCGGAUCAGGGAUUGCUCGAGCCUGCUUUGAAAUACGCAGCUCAGACGCCUGCUGACUACAAUCCGAACGGCGCUGCAACAAGCUCAGCGCGCGAGCGGCUAUUAUCCGUCGAUCAAGCACGCACUGGCGGAAGAGCUGCAGCAGCGGCAGCUGCUGCAAUCCCGACUACGUCGCAAGGCAACUCGAGCGCUUACAGCAACGGGGUGGUGGGCGGCGCAAGUGCUUACGCAGCUUCCCCGGCUUACGCUGCUCCGGCUGUCAAUAGCUACUCUGCUGCGCCGGCUACAAACAACUAUGGUGCUCCUGCCUCAGCUAAUUACGACGCUUACGGACCUUCGGUCGGCGCUCAGUCGGACCCAUAUGGUGCUCCAGCGCCAUACGGCGCGUACAACGCCCAGGCUCCUAGUGUAGGAGUGCAGAAUGCUUACGGCGCCUAUGGUCAGAACAACUCAGCUUACGGUGCAGCACAACCCUUGGUACCGCCACCUCCGCCGUUUGUCGACGCCGGCGCGAGCCAGCAAGGAUCAGCUCCUGGAGUCAACAUUCCUCCGCCGCCCUUUGCUGGCAACUUCGGGACGGCCGCAGCACCACCCCCGCCUCCCAAGCGAGUUACUGCGGAGGGAGGCUGGAACGAUGCCCCCGUUGUAGCUGCCCGACGCGGAACGCCCUCCGUCCAGGGCAAGGUGUCAGCACCCAUCACCUCGCCAUUCCCCAACAGCCCCGCUCCCUCAUAUGGCGCUCCUCAGCAGGGCGGCGCCUUGCCUCCCCCACCUCGCGGCGCCACUCCAGGCGCUGGCGGACCACCUCCCGGCCCAGGAAGAGGUGCAUUCAGCCCUCCGCCUCGCGGCGGUCCCCCUCCUGGUCAGGCUCGUCCUCCUCCCGCAGGCCCGCCGAGAGCGGGAUCAGCUGCUGGCACGCGUGGGCCUGCGGCACCUUCGGGUGCGUAUGCCCCUGCUCCUGGUGCAGUCAAUGCUCCUCCUCCACCGAUGCCUGGUCAAGGCGGCCCUCUGCAACCUGGCCUCAAUCCGCAACAGCAACAGCAGCAGCGCGGUCUCCCUGGACAACAGCUACCAGCACAAGGAGGGCAGUAUGGUGCCCCGCCUGGCGCUAGACCACCUCCACCCUCGCAAGGUGGACCUCAAGGUGGGCCUUUGAUGCCGCCAGGUGGCGUUCCACCCCGCGCGCACACUCCUGGCGCGGGCGCGGGCGCCCCUCUCAGGUCGCAGACUCCUGCGAAGCCGGCCACCAAAUACCCGCCUGGCGACCGGAGCCACAUCCCUGAUGCGCAAAAGCCCGUGUUCAAUGUGCUUUCGCGCGAGCUGGCGCGUGUACGCGCUACUGCACCACCGGCGCAGAAGAGAAUGGUCGACGACGCGGAAAGAAGGCUGAAUCUGCUCUUUGAUCAUCUGAACUGUGGUACUGUGGAUGCUAGGCUGCUGCCCAUCCUUUCGCAACUGAUACAAGCCAUCGAUGCGAGGAAUCAGCCCGCGGCGCUCAGCUUGCACUUGGAAGCCGCCUCGAUAGCCACCGGAGAGCUGGGUGCUGCCAUGGUUGGUGUCAAGCUUUUGAUCAGUCGACUGAAUGCGUGAUAAAGGAGGGCCAUCUUCAGCUGCCGCUGUCGUGACCUCUGCGUGUUUGCCUGUACAUCGUGCUCAAAGACCAAAAUGUGAUGCGAUUCCAAAG